GACAUUUGCUCAUAAGCCAAACAAAUAACACUUUUAAAUCAAGUGAAAGAUACAUGAUCAGCAAGGUGAUCACGGUAUUUUCACAAUUGGCGAAACUUCCCAUAGAGACGGACAAUUCACUUGUUCGCGAUUCCCCCUCCUAUUUUCAUGUUUUUUAUAAUAAAAAAAAAAAAUGGAUUAGUUUUUCUUGCUUGCUGUACGAUUUUCCCUUCCACACUCUCUUGCUAACUUCCCAAGAACGCCCAAAAAGAUUUCAGCGGCUGCAAGAGUGAGAUGAUGGCUUCUCCUCUCCACCUUCAACCCCCCACUCUCUCUACCACCCCCACCCAUAUCUUCAUCCGAAGUACCCAUCUUGUCCCUUCCCCAACAACCCAUCUCAGACCCUCCUCCUCCUCCUCUUCUUCUUCUUACUACUACCGCAACAAGGCACACCUCAGCUUCUUCAAGUCCCUCACAGUAGUCCCGUUUGCCCUUACAGAAUCAGAAGGCUCUUCCAAAUCCCUUGACGAAGCAAACCAAGAUCUCCAAGUCCAAACCCUCCUUCAAGAACUCGCGGAAAGUUUUGUUCUUCCAGCGGAUUACUUUGGGCAGCUGCCUCGGGAUCUUCGAUUGGAUUUGAACGAUGCAGCUUUCGAUCUUUCUAGUGGCGCAAUCAUUGAUGAGUGUGGACGAGAGCUGGGAGAGACAUUGUUAAACAUAUCUCGAGCAUGGGAGCAAGCAGACACAUCAACUUCCAAAACUUUGGUGGGCAAGCUCCCUUUGUUAGUGGGCUCAUUGGGAGGUAACGCCCAAUCAGCAUUAGGCAGGCGGUUGGUAUCUGCUGGAAGGAGGUUCCAAUCCAUGGGACAAUAUGGUCAAGGUGAACUACAAAGGUUUGGGGAUCUUCAGGUUGAGCUUACAGCAGACAAGGCCUAUAUUGGAGCUGUAAUUAGUUUGAUUUUUGGGAUUAUUUCGUGGCAAUUAAAUCAAGGAGUCCAAAGCACACCAGAGAACUCAUUGCAAUAUGCAAAUGACAACGCUUUGCUUCUUGCCAAGUCCUUAAGGGGAGCACUACUAGCACUUGGCUAUUCAUCCUCUAUCUUAUCUGCUUUUACUGCUGUGGGACUUAUCUUGCUUGGACGACAACUCGAGCCAAAAGAAAAGUGACGUUAUGGGUGCUAUCUUUGCCUCCGUUUUGCUUGUAAAUUCUUUUGUACUCGGCAAGUUUCACUAGAUUAGUUACGAUAAUGAGGAUGAAAUGAACAAUUGUGAAAGAGUGACAUGGUCUUUGUCAUACCUAACAAGAGAGGAUAUUCUGGAAACACCGUUUUUAUCAUCUGAUGCCUUUUUUGGCCAGGAAUUUGUAGCUACAUUUCCCUGUAA